GCUGGCUGCCACCAAAAAGGAGGUCACAGCAUCCCCCCACGAUGGGAUGGGACUUGGCCGAAGGGCUGUGCUGGGAGCAGAGGAGAGCUGCUACCUCGCUGCCUGCCUGCCUGCAAAGGGGUCCCACGAAGGUGAGCACCCCAGCAUUUUGGGUGGGGUGCUUCCCCGGGGGGGUGUGAGGGGGGUGAUGAGCACUGACAUCCCAGGGCUGGGAUGUGCUGACCCCACUGGGCAAGCUGCCGUGGGCUGGCUCAGCCUUACUCUGGUGGCAGAGGCAUGGGGAGCUAAAGCCACCUGGCCCGGGGAUGUGGGUGCCACCGCCGCUGUUCUGUCACCCCCCUGCAGCCCCCCAGGAGGUACCUGAGGGUAUCGGGGGGGGUGGGAAAACCUCCAGAGCAUCUCCCAGCCCUCCAGCAGCACCCACGGGUGACUUGCAGAGAACCUCACCUGCAGCUGCCAGCUCCCGCUGCUGGGGACAGGGGACAGGGACACGCUUGUCCCUCGCUCAGCCCUGCCUGACCUCCCCGACGCAUUUCCCACUUGGUCUUUAGAGCCUGCCAGAACAUUCCCGUGGAGCCAUUUUUAGCUCUCGCCUGGCCCGAGUACCAGCCAAGGGCUCCGAGGAGCCCUUUAUGCUCCUGACAGCUCUGGCCCACUUUGUAAAUAAAGCGGGUGCCUGUUCCCUGGCUGCGCUGUCACCCCAUCCCUCCGCCGGCCCCUGUCCUGGGCACAAGCCCCGGCUGCGGUGGGUACGUGCCCCAGAGUGGGCACCUCUCCCUCCUGCGCCCCGGCUCUGCAAGCCGCAGGCUCCACCUGUGCGCUGCGAUAUGAAAACCAGAGAGGGAGAAAAAAAUAACAGCAAUCAAGGGAAAAAAAAAAAAAAAAAAAAAAGGAAAUCCUUAGGGGGGGGGGCUGGAAAUCAAAUCAACUUUCUCUGCUCAGUCCAGCUUGAGGGUGUCUGGGGUGCAGCAUGGCUGUGUGUCUGGCUGUACAUGCACCGUGUCUGGCUGUACGUGCAUGGUGUGUGUCUGGCUGUACGUGCACGGUGUCUGGCUGUACAUGCACGGUGUGUGUCUGGCUGUACGUGCACGGUGUCUGCUUGUGCGCAGAGUCCGUGCACCGCCCUGUGGCAACAGCCAGAAACAGGCAGCGAGGCUGCAGCCGCAGCCCCUGGCACCGCAGGGACCUUGCUGGGGGGGGUGCAGAAGGAGCCAGGGCUGCCCCAGGCUUGGGGGGGGAGGGGGGUACACUCAAGCCCUGCACUGGGGCAUUUACAGCAGCCCCAUGUCCUCAGCCCCAGGGUGGGGGGGGGUCCAGAGCAGCAGCUCUGCAGCAUCAGGGCCCCGGUCCUGCUCCCCUGCACCCUGGGGGGACAUUGUUUAUCCAAGGGAGCAUCCUGCCUCCUCGCCCACCCAGCAAACGCCUCUCUCCUCUCUUGCCCUUUGUCAGUGCUUUAUUUAUUCCCCCUCCCUCUGCUGCUCUGGCUGGGGCCGGGGUCCCUAGGGAAGGGGUGCUGGCUCCCAGGGUGGGAUGGGCUGUGCUGCAGAGGGGGCUGGCAGCAGAUGUGCCCAACAAAGAUGCAGCUCUUCCUCUCUCUCUCUUCUUUUGUUUUGUUUUUUUGUUUUUUUUUUUUUUUUUUUAAAAAAAAAAGACUGUAAAUAUAGAUAGAGCUUUAUUUUGUUAAUAAGACGAUGAGUAACUUAACCUGUAUAUUUCACAUACUUGUUUACAAUUGUCCCCCCGCCCCCCCUUUGGCACAAUAAAGAUGACUUUUUGGAGCAGA